ACUUCCGGUCACGUGACUCCCCCGCAAACAGCGCGCGGAUUCUAAACGGCUCCACGGAAAUAACGCAGCCGCAGUGCUGUCGCUCACGCAAACACAGCGGCCCCACGAUGGCCGCGGCGGAGCGUGUCAGCGUGAUGAUGAUGUAUGAGGACGAGUCUGUGGAGGUUCGUUACACACACGGAGCUCAGUUACAGCUGUCCCCGUGUGGCUGUGAGUUCACGCUGCUCAAAGCCACGGAGCAGCACGGACACCCUCUGCAGCCCGCGGAGCGAGUCCGACAGAGAACCAGGUUCGCCGUCAGUUCUUAUAAGGAGCUGCUGGUCAGCGCUCUGGCGUUCAGGAACAAGUAUGCCAGUCGACCUUAUCUUCCAGAGGAGCUCAUCACUGCUGACAACAAGAAGCCUUUCUUUAGUAUUGACUCGACGGUCAAAUGGCCUGAGCGGUCCUCUUAUGAGCCAGAGUUCGGGCCUGGAGGGGAGAUCACGGUCAGGUCAGAGGACGGCCGAGCCACGUUGCUGCUGUCGCCCUCCGGCGAGGACUUCUCUGUCGAGUUCACGUGCAACCUCAGUCAACCUCAGCACCACGCUGUGUGGGGUCCAAACAAAGGUCCUGACAGUCAGCAGCAGGUAAACGGUCUGACCUGUGGCAACGCGGAUCCGAAUGAACAGAUGCAUCAGAGGAAGCAGUCCGCUAAAACGAGCUCUGCACAUCUCACCGGCGCUACUAAACAAGUUUGCCAUCAGCCUGAACAGAUGUACCGGACCACCACAGUUAUACAGCAUCGCUCUUGCUUUGCCGUUGAGCCCACAUGGGCCUACGCUCUCUCCUUGGCUCGGCAUCGCUGGACGGCUUGCCGCCAAGCUACUGAAGCUGAAAGAACAAGUAGUUCUGGACAAGCUGAUGAUGGAGUGAAAACAUCUGACGAGCAUCAUAAGGACAGAGAGUCCCAGCUCCCCCAGGCUCUUCCUCUUACGUGCCCAUCACCUCACUGGCAUAGGUGGAAGAUUAAAGACUCUUUGGUCGGCGAAGAAGCAUCGGAUCUUCCGCCGGAGCUUGUAAAAAUAUUAUGGUGUCAAGGAGUCACGUACAGGGUACUGAAUGGAGCAGUCCCAGUGGUCGAAGUUUCCCCAGGGGAUGGCUCAUUGAUCCGCUCCAAUGGUGUCCUAAACUCCUAUUUUACUCAUCACAAACCUAAGCUCCAAUCAGAGCAGGUAAGAGAAAUAACGUAUCAUUUAAGCAGUCUUCCCCCUGAUGUGCCUGGACAGCUGUAUCCCGUAGGCUCCAUUAUUAGCCGUGCUAACAGAAUUCUUGUUUGCUAUAACCAGGCUAAGCGUUUGCUGAAGUUUCCUGCCAUGCCCACCUGCCUGCAACAGGUCAAACACUUUUCUAAACCAACACUGCCUGAGCAAAAUCUGUCCGAUGUGGCAUUUGGUGAAAGACCUGUAAAUAUGCCACAGACAGCAGGAAGUCUCCCAGAUGUUGUUGGCGCAGAACUGGAGAAGAUAAAGCGUUUCAGCUUUCUGCUGGAGAACAACCACCUGCUGAGGAGGGAAACUGAGCCACGAACUCAGUGGAAACAUCUCCAAAGAUCCCUCCAGGAUGAACCAGUAACUGAGGACUACGUUGCUGAAGCUCUUAAAAGGACCUCUGAAGCCAUUAAGGAAAUUGAUGCUCUCAUAUCAGCCGCCACGCUGGACUGAGAACUUUUAAAAAAAAAGAAGAAAAAGAUGUUUAACCUUUAUUUAUACAGGUAUUCACAUUCACAUCCAAUAUCUCAUUUUCAGGGGACUGAGGACUUUUCAUUAUUUUCAUCUCUGCUAUAAAGUGUAUAUACUGGAAUGAAUGCAGGUAUGGAGUCUGAAAUAAAGUGUUAUUUUUGUUCAAAUGUA